GCAAUUAUUUAUAAAAAUAAAAGCAACGACGUGUAAAAACGAAAUACGACGACAACGAAAUGGCAACGCGCGGCGGUCCAAUGGUCGCGGGCACCGACGGAAACGACUUCGAGUUCAGACAGCGCGUAGCUGGCACAUAUCAAAUUAGUUUGUUGAAUAAAUCGCGAUUGAAGUACUGCAUUUUCUUCCAUGCUCUUCUUUUCUUCGUGAUGCUGGCCAAGCUGACCUCGGACAUAUUGGAUCGCCUGGACAUUUUCGUGCUGGAGAUUGAGGAACUGGAGGUGCCUUCGCCACUUUGGUGGGAGUACGUGUGGGCCGGUUCGCUGCUCACCUCGUUCCUGGGUCUGUCGGCGGCACGUGGAAAUAAGGUGCGCGAAAUGCAGAAAUACAUGAUCGCCAUUCUGGUGUUUGCCAUCCUGCCCUUGCUCUACUGCUUCGCCUACUAUUUUUCGGACGUGUGGGAGUUUGCGACCAUGGACAAGUCCGUGGAGUUGGACGAGACGGACAUUUUCAUCUGGCGCGGCUACCCCUAUGGUGUGUUCUGGUACGCCUUCUGCUUUGUGGGCUUCCAGGUCCACGGAUUCACGCUGUAUUUCGCCUACAAUCUAGUCAAGGUCUGGAAGGCCCGAACUGCCACGCGCAAGUUCCAGUAAAGUCGAAGUCGAGGUCGCGGAGAAAGUACUAAAUACUCGCCAAAUCACUAAAACGUCAAAGCGAAACGCUGUAGGGCUAGAUGUAAAUAAUUUGGAACUUAAACUAAUCUCUAGUGCACAAAGCGUACAGAAACUAAACUAAACGAAACAGCUGUUAAGGUAUCGCACAUUUUAGUCUUACAGGAGAGGAGCACAUAUUUUCGUGGCCAAACGAGAAUCACGUUAAAGUUAUUGUUAGUUGAAAGUUAAACCGUUCAAAGAUUAAAUAAACAGACACUAUCCAUAUACAUACAUAAA